AUGCGCGUUGGUUUGCGGGUUGAGCAGGCCGCCGCCAACCUGCCAGGCACAGAGCCCCGCGCCCCCCCGCCGCCGCCGCCGCCACCGCCGCCGCCCCCGCCGCCGCCGCGGCGCACGGGCGGAUUCCCGCGGCCCACGCGGCGCGACCUGAUCGCCGCCGGGGUCGGCAGCGUGAUCGGUGGCGCGGUCAUGUACAUCUGGGACACACUUUUCAUAGACGCCCUGGAGGACGAGCUUUUUGAUAUGGAGGACGAGCUGGACCUGGCAGCCGAGGAGGCAUACCUCGCGGAGGAGGCGCUCGGCGACGACGGCGGCGCCGCCGCGGCCGGCAUCGGCACGGGCGGGCCGCCGGCGACGAUGGCGGACCUCGAGCAGCAGCGCGGCGGCGGGCAGUAG